AUGACAUCCACUUCCGCUUACGCUCACCUUCACGCCCACGCCCACGCCCACGUCCACGUCCACGCUCACGCUCACCCUCACGCUCACCCUCACGCUCACACUCACCUUGCUGCCGCUCCGACCUCGAAUCCGAAGCACCCACAGCACCUGUCUGCGCCUGCGCCUGCGCCUGCGUCUGUCUCGGGCGACGCCCACGCCCACGCCCACAUUCCAUACCACCAGCAUUCCACCACCACCACCACCACCUCAUGCGUCCCACGCGGCAGCUCGAUCUACCACUCGCCGGCACCAUCCACCACUACUAGUCCUGACGUAAACACUGCUGCACCGCUGCACUUGGCUGCCAUCAGCGCUGCCCAUUUCUACCGCCGCACCUCACGUCGACUCAGGUCCACUCCACCUCCACCUCCACCUCCCGCCUCCGUCCCGACUGCCACCACCUACUGCUAUCCGCCUCGCUCUCCGCUGUCGCCCUCCGCCAUUGCUACUCCUCCCGCACACGUCGACAAGGUGGAGCGCCAACAGAGACCCCCGGCCCCGAGCAAUCCCAAGGUCCACUCCCGCCUGGCAUCCUUUGGUCGCCAACGCCUCCGCGGGAUCGUGCCUUCGCUCAAGCACGACGCACUUCCCCAAGGCGAGACACAGCCACGGGCACCUGUCUCGCCUUCGGACUCCAGCUCCCACAAGCCGUCCGACGCCUCGACGAGGUCUAACACAUCGUCUGAGACGGCGCUUUCCGACGACUCAAAGUCGGAUAUAAAAUCCUUGCACGAAGAUCCACGGCCCAGCGUUCACCACACCGCUGGCUGGCUCGAUCAGGAGAAGGAAUUUGACUCGGCCCGCGACCUUGACGAAUACGAGAGACUGUUGAGGAGAAGUCCACGCAAGAUGCAUCAGACAUCCUCGAAGCUGCUCCGUCUAACCGACGAUGACCGACCCUAUGACAAGGUACGUUGCAUUGCUCUUCCUGGCACGCGGUCGUCACGCCUGCUCUGUUGCCCAUGACACGUCUAAACACACAGGCAAUCGCCGCAUGAUCAUCGCCUACGAUGUAUUGCUAUCUUCGAAUGCGAAAAUACGUUUUCUCCCUACACACGGCACAGACUUUGUCGCCAUGAACUCUCACGCACAGAAUGGAUUCGAAACUGACUGUUUGCAGGACUUCAAAGACUUGUUCGCGACGCUCGUCGUCAGCUUACCGCUCACACCCCAUCGCGUCCGGUUCUCACGGGUUGAUCAUACAUUCACGUCUGAGGAAGCAAUAACCAAUCUGGGCUCUCUAAAGUUUUCGCAAUCAAAUCGAAUGCCGGAUCCCAAGGACGUGACGAGAAUAGUAACGACGACCACAACUACAACAUUCUCGAUGGCUAAGGAAAUGGCGCGGCAAAUCUGCAUGCGAUACGUUGAGGCGAGGUUCAUUGAGUCGGUGGACGGCAAGUCGGAUUUCAGCUCUAGGAGCGCAGUCUGGCAGCUCACACCCAAGGGUAUGCACAUCUUGGCACGCUUCUGCCAAAGAAAUGGAAUCCACCAGCGACACAUUAACGAACUCCUGGACUCUCCCAAGAACAUGAUGCAGUUGGUCAUUCUGGAAAGAGACAACAACACCGACCAGAUCAGCCAUGAUUCAGCCACGAUUGAGGUUCUUUUCCGCCGAUUCGCAGGCGAAACAGGCCCGAACAUGAAGACCAACUCGUCAACGUCUGAAUCUGAUUCCAUGAGCGACUACGUCACCGGGCUCGUUGGUGUCAAGAUGCAGCGUGCAGGCAAGAGGGGUGAUAAGGACGCUCCAUAUAUCUUCACCGGGAUGCAUGCGUUCAACUGGCUCAUGGACUGCUGCACCACAGUGGACAGACGAGAAGCUUACGAGCUUGCGAACUUGUUCAUUUCAAGUGGUCUGAUCGAGACGUACGAAGAUCGCCACCAUGGCGGAAGCCAGAAUGGCCAGGUUGCAGGAUCGCGUUUCUCCGCAUCGAAGUCCGUGUACUACGGAAUCACUCACAAAGGCCUACGGGUAGCCGGCUGGGCAAUGACAGCGAAUGGCUCCGUGAAUGGUGAGGCGACGGUCGCAUCACGAGCACCGCCAGGCAUGAUGCGCGACUCAAACACCAACCGCAUGACGCUCAUCAUCCAAGACGCCGCGCUCAGGCUACUCUUCAGGGAAUAUCUCCGCGAGACUCAUUGCGAGGAGAAUCUGGCAUUCUUCUUGGAGGUGAAAGCCUUCCUCGCCGAAUAUGGACGGGCCAAGCGCGGUUCACCCAUCAAGCCGGAUAUCAUCAGGGAGACCCUCGCAUCCGCGUACAGCCUUUACAACGCCUUCCUUGCACCAGGCUCGCCUUGCGAACUCAACAUUGAUCACAACCUGCGCAAUGCCCUCGCUGGGCGCAUGACUCGAGCGGUCGGGGAGGACGAGCAAAUGAUCAAGAGUUUGGACGAAGUUGCCGUGCUGUUCGACCAGGCGCAGAACAGCGUCUUCAAGCUCAUGGCUAGUGUAAGUUUCGGAGAUUAAUCAUGUGUAAAUGACUCAGUACUGACUUGUCACCAGGACUCCGUGCCAAAGUUCUUCCGCGAGCCGAAAUAUGCGGCCUCGAUUCGAGAGCGCAAUCUCGAGUCUCUACUCGCGCAGUCGUCGAUCAGCUAG